AUGACGAUUCUCAGUUCCGACGACAAUCAUGAAUUUGAUGUUCAUGGUGACUUUUAUGAAACUUCAUCGUCGAAGCAAGUAAACGUAAAGGAGGAUCAGCAUCAGCCGAUAAUCGCUGACGACAAAACUUCACAUCACAAGAUGGGUCUUCAAUUGGCUAGAACUAAACGUCACAACUUCAACAUUUACAAUUGUAACGUGAAGACGGAAGAUCAUCCGCUGCAUAUUCAGCUAUGCGAAGCAGCAACUAGAGGUGAUUGGAAGACUGCGAACAACGUCGAAAAGACACAUAAGGGAAUCCUGUCGGAGGUAAUAAGAAAGGACAGAAAAGAAACAGCUCUUCACAUUGCCACCAAAUUCAACAACACUGCCUUCGUUGAGAGGCUCAUUGAAAAGCUAACAGAAAAGGAGUUGGAAGCCACAGAUGUAUAUGGAAACACAGCGCUCUGCAUCGCUGCUACAUUAGGCGCUGUGGACAUUGCCAACUCCAUGCUGCAAAAAAAUAAGGAUUUAGUGCUAAUUCGUGGGUCUCAAAAUGCAACCCCCAUUGUAGUUGCUGCGAGAUACAAACAGAACCAUAUGGUUGCUUAUCUACUCAAAGAGAUGGACUUGAGUAUCCAAAGCAUGGCAACUAGCGACCAAAUGGAGCUUCUUCUUAGUGCCAUUGCCACCGACCAUUACAAUGUAGCUUUACUCAUUCUAAACGAGAACAAGUCAUUGGCACUAGAACGAGACACCAAUGACGAUACACCCUUACAUAUAAUGGCCCGAAAAUCUAAUACAUUAGGCACAAAAAAUAACCCAACCAAGUGGCAAUCAUCUCUCCAUAGGUGUUUCAAAUAUAUAUACAAGAAGAAAAUGAUGCAAAUACAAGCAUGUCAAACGGUUGAGCUAAUGUGGAGUGUAGUUCAGGGUAAGAUUGAAGAAGAUAAGAGUUUGGAUUUCAUUUUAUAUCCCUCAAGCAUGCUACACGAUGCUGCAAGCGUCGGAAACGUUGAGUUUAUGAGAGUGUUACUUCAUACAAAUCCUGAGUUUCUACGGAUUGUUGAUAGUAGUGGGAAGAACAUAUUUCACAUAGCAGUUGAAAAUCGACAACGGCGUGUCUUCAACUUAAUUUAUGAUAUGAAGCUCUUCGACCCAAUGGACUUUUUAUACUAUUUCAAUGAAGAAAACAUCAGUUUGCUUGAAUUAGCUGCCAAAAGAGCAGAUUCAAGUCAUCUUGAACGUGUCUUGGGAUCGUUCUUUCAAAUGCAUGAGGAGCUUCUAUGGUUUAAGGAAGUAGAGGAUAUAGUAGAACGUAGAAUAAGAAUAAAGAAAGGGAAUCAAACAGCAAGAGAAUUAUUCAACCAAGAACACACAGAGCUUGCAAAAGAAGGAGAAAAGUGGGUGAAGAGUGCAGCCAAUUCAUCCAUGCGAGCUGCAAUAUCAAUAGCCAUUAUAGUUUUGUUUGCAGGCGGCAUGAACUAUGGGUCAGGCUCACCCACGUUUGUUGACAACAAAUGGGUGACUGUGUUCGUGAUCUCAGAUGCAAUAGCCUUGAUCUCAUCUUCAUUUGCAACGCUAUUGUUUUGGAUGAUGCAGAGGUCGCGGUGUGAGGAAUCAGACUUUCUGCUGUGGUUGCCAUUGGAAUUGGUUGUUGGCAUUGGAUCCCUCUUCCUUUCAUUGCUGGCAAUGGUGCUGGCCUUCGAUGCCUACCUCUUCCUGCUCCUUGGAACAUAUAUUUGUUCGAUUACAUUGCUAAUUGGUGGGACGUUUAGUGGUAUAAUUUUCUUGUUUUGUGUGCUCCAAUGGGAACUUUUGACUGAUUGUUUCGCAGCCAUAUAUGCCGGUGGGAUGUCGUAUUUAUCCAACAAUAGGCUCGUCAAAGGUUCUAAUGUUUAUCGUUAG